CAGAAGCAGAAGAGUCAGUGGUGACUGAAUUCCCCUAAUCAGAUCCAUCCAACCAGUAUAUUCUGAUUUGGGACCCUGGUCUGCAUGGCGGCGGCCACGGUGGUGGUGGAGCCCGCGGGCCGCGUGUGCUGGGACGAGCCGGUGCGCAUCGCCGUGCACGGCCUGGCCCCCGAGCAGCCCGUGGCGCUGCGCGCGUCCCUGCGCGACGAGAAGGGCGCGCUCUUCCGGGCCCACGCGCGCUACCGCGCCGACGCCCGCGGCCAGCUGGACCUGCAGCGCGCGCCCGCGCUGGGCGGCAGCUUCGCGGGGCUCGAGCCCAUGGGGCUCGUCUGGGCCCUGCAGCCCGACAGGCCCUUCUGGCGCUUGCUCAAGCGGGACGUGCAGACGCCCUUGCUGCUGGAGCUGGAGGUGCUGGACGGCCGCGAGCCCGCCGGGCCCGGCGAGCCCGAGGGCGGGCGCGUGCUGGCGCGGGCGGUGCACGAGCGGCACUUCAUGGCGGCCGGGGUGCGGCGGGUGCCGGUGCGCGAGGGCCGGGUGCGGGCCACCCUCUUCCUGCCGCCAGGUGAGGGGUGUUUUGCAGGGAUCAUUGAUCUGUUUGGAAGCAGCGGUGGUCUCUGUGAAUACAGAGCCAGCCUCCUGGCGGGACAUGGUUUUGCUGUGCUUGCCCUGGCUUAUUUCAGAUAUGAAGACCUCCCUGAGUAUUUGAGUGACGUGUGCCUGGAAUACUUUGAAGAAGCUGUGGGUUUUAUGCUGCAACAUCCAAAGGUGAAAGGCCCUAGCAUUGGGCUUCUUGGCUUCUCCAAAGGAGGUGACCUGUGUCUUUCCAUGGCUGCUUUCCUGAAGGACAUCACAGCCACUGUACUUAUCAAUUCCUGUGUGGCCAACACUAUAGUUCCUCUGCAUUACAAGGAUAUGAUCAUUUCUGAUCUUGGCACUGACUCCUUAAAACAAAAAACCACUGAGUCAGGCCUUUUGGAUUUUGUAGAUGUCUGGAAUAAUCCACUGGAGGAACCCAACCACGGAAGUCUCAUUCCAUUGGAAAAGGCCCAAGGGCCCUUUCUGUUUAUUGUUGGUAUGGAUGAUCAUAACUGGAAGAGUGCAUUCUAUGCUCAAAUAGCCUCUGAACGGUUACAAGCCCAUGGAAAAGACAGACCCCAAAUAAUCUACUAUCCAGAAACUGGUCAUUGUAUUGACCCACCUUAUUUUCCUCCCUCCAGAGCCUCUGUGCAUGCAGUGCUGGGUGAAGCAGUGUUCUAUGGAGGAGAGCCAAAGGCUCACUCAAGGGCACAGGAAGAUGCCUGGCUGAAGAUUCAAACUUUUUUUCAUAAACAUCUCAAUGGUAAAAAGUCUGUGAAGCAUCCAGGUGCUGGUGGCUCACGCCUAUAAUCCUAGCCACUCCAGGAGUGAGAUCUUCAAAUCACAAUUUGGACCCAGGCAGACAAAUCCAAGAGAAUCUUUAAUAAACCAGAAAAAAUCUGUAAGUAGAGGCAUGGUUCAAGUGGUAGAGCACCAGCCAUGAGUUAAAAAGCAAAGCAAGAGCAAGAGGUCCUGAGUUCAAGUCCCAAGAUUGGUAUACACACAAAAGAUACCUUUAUAUGUGCAUUCUUCAUUGUGAAAAAGUGAAGUAAUACAGAUGAAAAAGCGUAUUGGUUGGCAUAGUAGCUCAUGCCUAUAAUCCCAGCUACUUCACAAAUAGAGAUCAGGAGGAUCUUGGUUGGAGGUCAGCCCAGGCAAAAAAUUCACAAGAUUCCCUACUCAAUCAGUAAAUGUUGGGUGUACGGACCUGUUACCCUAGCGGUGCAGGAAGCACUGACAGCAUGGUCCGGACAAGCUCUCACAUAAAUGUGAGACCCUUUCCAAACAGAAAACAGAAAAAAGACAUAAAUGUGAAUCAUCAUUUGAAAAAUAACGAAAGCAAAAAGAGCUGUGGGUGUGGUUCACAUGGAAGAGUGCCAUGUGCCUGGCCCUACGUUCAAACUCCAGUACUGCCAAAAAAAAAUUUUUUUUAAAGGACCUUUUUAAUUCAUUAUCCAAUUUCAGUCUCCUCUCAAAGGUAGUUACCAUUACCAACUUGAAGUAGAACCAUUUUUGGCAUGAAUGAAUGGAAAAACAUGGUUUUAUUAUCAAAGUUCAGUGCCUCUUCUAAACAAAAAUAAAUCCUUAAAGUUGUAUUAUGUAAGAUUUUU